UGUUCUGCCUGUCAGUGAAGCAGAGUCGAGCUUGGUGAAGACUCAUCAGAGGACUGAGAUGAUGAUGAUGAUGAUGAUGAUGCUGCUGGUCAGUUGGGGCGCUUUUCUCCAAACCUGCUCGAUGAUGAUGAUGAUGGUGAGAGCAAACCAGCAGGACCUCAGAGAGACCAGCUGCGACCUCAAAGCCAGACAAAGCGAGCUCAACUCCUUCCUGUGGACGAUAAAGCGAGACCCUCCCUCGUACUUCUACGGCACCAUUCACGUCCCGUACACGCGCGUCUGGGACUUCAUCCCCGAGAACUCCAAGCAGGCCUUCCAGCAGAGCAGCAUCGUGUGCUUCGAGCUGGACCUGACCGACCCGUACACCAUCUCCGCUCUGACCAGCUGCCAGCUGCUGCCGCAGGGAGAGAACCUGCAGGACCUGCUGCCCAAAGACAUCUACCGGCGGCUCAAGAGACACCUGGAGUACGUCAGGCUCAUGCUGCCGUCCUGGAUGACGCCGGAGCAGCGGGGCAAGGGCCUGUACGCAGACUACCUGUUCAACGCCAUCGCCGGGAACUGGGAGCGCAAGCGGCCCGUGUGGGUGAUGCUGAUGGUCAACUCUCUGACCGAGGCCGACAUCAAGACGCGCGGCGUUCCUGUGCUGGACCUGUACCUGGCGCAGGAGGCCCAGAGGAUGAGGAAGAGGACGGGAGCCGUGGAGAAGGUGGAGGAGCAGUGCCAUCCUCUGAACAGAUUCAGCUUCUCUCAGGUGAUGUUCGCUCUGAAUCAGACGCUGCUGCAGCAGGAGAGUCUCCGCGCCGGGGGCCUGCAGGUGCCCUACACCACAGAGCACCUGAUCAAGCACUACAACUGUGGAGACCUCCGCUCCAUCAUCUUCAACCACGACGCCUCGCAGGUGCCGAGCUUCAAGAACGCGACGCUGCCGGCGAGCGAGCAGGUGACGGCGCAGGAGAUCGAGCGCUACUUCAGACAGGAGCUGAUCUACACGCGUAACGAGCGCAUGGGCCGCCGCGUCAGAGCGCUGCUGGAGGAGCAGCCCGACAACAGCUUCUUCUUCGCCUUCGGAGCAGGUCAGUCUCCUCGGGACGCUCCCGGAUGCUGUGGCUUUGAAGUGCCGAGCUUCAAGAACGCGACGCUGCCGGCGAGCGAGCAGGUGACGGCGCAGGAGAUCGAGCGCUACUUCAGACAGGAGCUGAUCUACACGCGUAACGAGCGCAUGGGCCGCCGCGUCAGAGCGCUGCUGGAGGAGCAGCCCGACAACAGCUUCUUCUUCGCCUUCGGAGCAGCUGCUCUGGAAGACUUUGUGCCGAGCUUCAAGAACGCGACGCUGCCGGCGAGCGAGCAGGUGACGGCGCAGGAGAUCGAGCGCUACUUCAGACAGGAGCUGAUCUACACGCGUAACGAGCGCAUGGGCCGCCGCGUCAGAGCGCUGCUGGAGGAGCAGCCCGACAACAGCUUCUUCUUCGCCUUCGGAGCAG